AUGGGGAACACUAACAUUUCAGAAAACUGUUCGAGUCAAACGUGUUCGGUUCGGUUCGAAUUGACCAAGUGUUCGCAAACUGUUCGAGACAAACGUGUUCGGUUCGCUCGUUGCUCAUGUCUAGCUGAUGCCUCCGGAGAAGCGCAGCUGACAGCAAUUUCUCUCACAUGCACGAAACUCAUGUGUACCAAGAUCACGUGUCUGCCCUCUCCAAGCUCCCUUAAAAAUCAUCAUCACAAGUCACACAAGCUAUAUGAUGAAGCGAAGGCGGCCGGUCGUUCGUCCUCCGCCCCGCCACCCCUAAAGCUCAUCAUUAUGAGCGCUACUCUCCGCAUCUCAGAUUUCACUCUCAACACGCGCCUCUUCCCAGCGGGCCCUCCCCCUGUCGUCUCCGUGCCUGCCCGCCAAUUCCCCGUCACUGUUCACUUUGCCCGCCGCACCGAGCUCGUGGAUUACAGGGAGGUGGAGGACCUUUGCAGGAAGCUUUGGAAGAAGUUUCCGAUGAAGGUGGGAGGGCAGAGGAGGGGGGAAGAUGGGGACAGAAGAAAGGGAAGGCGGGGGAGCAGCGGGGUUGGGGGCAAGGAGGGUGGAGGAAGGGGAAGUGGGGGCCGAGAUGGAGUGAAUUUCGGGGCAGCAGGAGGAGAUAGCAAGAAAACGGGUGGGGAGGGGAAGACGAGGAAGGGGGGUACAGGGGAGGAGGUGGAGGGAGAGGGAAGAGCGGGAAGAGAGAGUGGUGAGGGUGCAGAGGGAGGAGAGGCGGAUGGUGGGGGUGCGGAGCAGCAGGGCGAACACGAUGCAAACCUGGAUGCCAUUGUGCGGCUGGAGGGCGGAGGGGGAGCAGGGAAGGAUGGCAGUGGGAGGGAGGGGGAAGUGAGGGACGGGGAGGCGGGGAGAGAAGGGGAGGAGGCAGUGGGUGGCGUGAGGGAUGGGGAGGAGGAGGAGGCGGAGUGGGAGGCGGUGGUGGAAGGGGGAGAGUAUGAGGGCGAGGAGGGGGGAGAUGACUAUGAGGAGGACGAGGAGGGGGAUGAGGAGGAGGAGUGGGAAACGUGGGGCUUGCUGGGAGGGGAGAAGGGCGAGGGUGGGGAGCUGCAGCAGGCAGGGUCAGUUGGGGAAGCAGCGGCAGGGGAUGCAGCAGUGGCAGCUGAGGCAACAGGAGGGGGUGGGGGGGCUGGCAGUAGCGCCUCUCCCCCUGACAAUGGGGAGCAGGCAGGGCCGGGCGGCAUGUAUGUGCUGCCGCUGUACGCCAUGCUGCCUGCCGCCCAGCAGCUCAAGGUGUUUGGAGCCGUGCCUGAGGGGUGCCGCCUCGUGGUGGUCGCUACCAAUGUUGCUGAGACCUCCAUCACCAUCCCAGGCAUACGCUACGUGGUGGACACAGGGCGGGCCAAGGUGAAGCAGCACACAGGGGGGGCGGGCUUGGCGCGCUUCACAGUGGAGUGGAUCUCGCGGGCCUCAGCGGACCAGCGCGCCGGCAGGGCAGGGCGCACGGGGCCGGGGCAGUGCUACCGGCUGUUCUCGAGCGCUGUGUUUGCCAACCAGUUUGAGGCUUUUGGGCAGGCGGAGAUUGAGAGGACGCCCAUUGAGGGCGUGGUGCUGCAGAUGAAGGCCAUGGGCAUCGAUAAGGUUCUCAACUUCCCCUUCCCAACGCCCCCCGACCCCCACUCCCUCGCUUCUGCCCUGCGCUGCCUUCAGCACCUCUCCGCCCUUCCCCCACCCGCCUCCCCCUCCCCUUCCCCCUCUCCCUCCUCCCCCACCAUCACCCCUCUCGGCCGCGCCAUGGCUUCCCUGCCAAUCAGCCCGCGCCACGCGCGCACCCUACUAGCCAUCCUGCUCGAAGCUGCCAGGAAGGUUCCAGUGGCGUAUCGGAUGGUUGGCAGCGCGGGGAGCAGGGCGGUGGUGGCGGCCAUGAGUGUGGAGAGCCCCUUGUUGCGCCACCAUGAUGCGGGCAUGGCGGGUCAAGGGGAUGCUGGGCCGAUGGGUGAGAGAGGAGACGGGGAGGUUGGCAAAAGAGGAAGAGAGGGGGUGGAUGGUGUGGGUGGUGGGGGUGACAGUGGCGCUAAACACGCUGCCGCUGCUGCUCCCUAUGGCAAGGUAUUGAGUCGCCGCGCAGCGCAUGCGCUCUUCUGGAGCCGCAGCAGCGACGCCAUUACUGCCGCCAACGCCCUGCGAGCCUAUGACGCUGCUGUCCGCGCGGGCAAGGGGGGGCGGGAGAGCAGGAGCAGCGGGGGCAAAGGGGGCGCGGGCGCAGGGGGGUGGGGGGGAGCGGGGGAGCGGUUCUGUCAGCGGUUGUACCUGCGGGAGCGGUGCAUGAGGGAGAUGUCUCAGCUCGCCCACCAGCUCUCCCGCCUGCUCCUCACCGGCACACUAGCAGCAGGUGCUGCUGGCGCCGCUCACUCCCUGCCGAAACGUGCCGUGCGGUACGAGGCACUGUUCAUGGACGAGCCAGUGCUGCUGCACCCGCGCAGUGCAACCUUCCGGUCGGCGCCACCUCUGCUGCUCUUCAAUGAAAUCGUGCAGACCGAGUCCCACCCCUUCCUCGUCACCACCACCGCCGUCGACCCCGCCUGGCUGACCUCCUCCUGCCCCGCGCUCUGCUCUCUCUCCAAGCCUCUCCCCGACCCGCCACCCCGCUACCACCCCCCAUCUGACCGCAUUCUCGCAACGGUGGCGGCUGUGUAUGGGCCUAAGCGGUGGCCGCUGCCGCACUGCACAGUGGAUUUGGAAGGGAGCAGGGAGAGGGCGGCUGUGUUUGCAUGCGCGCUGUUGCAGGGGCAGGUGGUGGGAGCGAUGAAGCGGUUACACGGGCUGCUGGCUGGUAACCCUACGAGCUUGCUGCGGCCGGAGGGGUUGGGGCAGAGGAGGGCGGGUGACUUGGUGCAUAGGCUGAUGGUGGGGGUGCCAGGAGGAGGGAAAGGGGCAGGGGGGAAGGGUGAGAGUGGUGGUAAGGGAGGGGUAGGUGUGAGAGGGCCUGUUGAUAGUAAGGGGAAGCUGAGGGCGGCGUGGGAGUGUGAUGGGGAGUUUCUGAGGGCGGAAGUGAGGACGUGGGUGCGGGCAGGGCAGGAGGGCGUGGUGGAUGGGUUGUGGCGAAAUAUCGUGAGGGAAGUGGUUGUGGGGGCGAAGAAGCAGAAACACUGA